AUGAUGACAAGUCUUCCAUCUUUGGGCGAAGGAUGGCUCAGUACGGCCCUGUCUUCGGAUCAAUCUCUCACUCUCACUUAUGUCUUUUCAUCUCUCUCCGUCAUUCUCCAUCGUUCUUUCUUCUCUCUUUCUAUCGUUCAUUCUAUCUGUUCAUCUCUCUCCCACUCUCUCUCUCUCUCUCUCGCUCUCUCUCAUUCUCACUCAUUCUGUCUUCUCAUCUUUCUCUGUCAUUCUCAAUCGUUCUUAUUCUCUUUCUCAUUCUCUCUCUCUCUUCAUCUCUCUCUCUAUCAAUUAAUCUCUCUCUCUCCACUUCCUCAUUCUCUCUGUUCGCCUAUCAAUCUCUUUAUCAUUCUGAGUCUGUUCAACACUCACAGAUUCUGUCCAUUUAUUUCUCUCUCUCCCUCUGUCAUUCUCAAUCUUUCCACCUACCCCACCCUCUCUCUGUCUCUCUCUCUCUCUUUUCAUCUUUCUCUCUCUCUCUCUCUCUCUCACACUCAAUCUUUGUCCAUUUAUUUAUCUAUCUAUCAUUCUCAGUCUGGUCAUUUUUCUGUCGCUCAUUCUGUCUUUUCAUCUCUCUCUCUCUCUGUCAUUCCCAAUCUUUCUUCCCUCUCUCUGUCUCUCUCUCUCUCUUGCUCAUUCUAUCCGUUCACCUCUCUCUCUCUCUCUCUCUCUCUCUGUCAUUCUGUCUGUUCAUCUAUCUCUAUUACCAUUCUCAGUUGUGUUCAUCUCUCACUCAUUCUGUCUUCAUCUCUCUCUGCUAUUCUCAAUCGUUCUUCCCUUUCUCUCUCUCUUCUCUCCCUGUCUCUCUCCCUCUCCCCCUCUCUAUCUCUCUCUUCCUGUCUCUUUCUCUCUCACUUUAUCUCCCUAUCAUUCACAUUCUUUUAA